AAGAGACGAGCUACCCAACCGCCGUCUGAUCUCCAGCGCCGUUUCACCCGCCAUGGCCUUCCGCGUGCUUCUCUUCGGCCCGGCCAGAGAGGCCGUGGGUGAAGAGGAGUUGCGGGUAGAGGUGACUGCGGAGGGCGAGCCUAAGGUGGCGGACCUCCGGGAGGCAUUGCUGCAGCUGCCGGCACUGAAGAGCUUGCUGCCGAUGAGCAAGUUCUCGGUGGAUCAGGAGAUGAUCAACGACGAGUCCCUCGUCAUCAGCGGCCGCUCUGAAAUCGCACUGAUCCCGCCCAUCAGCGGUGGUUAGAUUCUGCUGCCUUGUGCGUGCCAGGUGUCGCACCGUUCAGGACUCUUCUGAAUUUGAAUAGGCGGAAAAAGACAACCUGGUUGGACAGCGUGGCU